CAAAAUAUAAAACACUCUUAGGUGUCAAGAAGCUAAAUAAUUUGAACACUAUAAGCAUCUUUCAAGUUGACUUCAAAUUUUCUCGAUUCACCUCCAAAAGAAAUUUUCCCAAAUAUCUGCAAUCGUAUAUAUCCCAUAAUACACUACGUUAGUACAAGAUGGCGGCUCUUCUGAGGAACUCAGCCAGGCUUUCUUCAGUGCUAGUAAGAGGGUGCUAUCAACCAUCAUCUGCGGUAAUGCGAAGUAUUCCAAUUACCACUACGUCCUUGGCUCAAAAGCAGGAAGACUUUUGGUCCAAAAAUACUCGUUUGAAUAGACCAAUGUCGCCUCAUUUAACAAUCUACAGUCCGCAGUUGACUUCUAUGUUGUCAAUAACUCACCGUGGAACAGGAGUUGCAAUGACAGCAGUGACCACUGGAUUUGCCCUGGCUGCUCUUGGACUGCCAGAAAACUUUGAGCAUUAUUUAAAUUUGGUGAAAGCGUUAGAAAUCCCUGCCUUUAUAAUCUUUAGUGGAAAAACUGCCUUGGCAUGGCCACUGUGCUAUCAUUCAUUUAAUGGAAUCAGACAUUUGGCAUGGGAUCUUGGUUUUGGCUUUGAUAUGAAUAUUCUCUACAAGACUGGUUGGUUUGUCUUCAUUGGCUCUAUGGGUGCUGCUGCUGCCCUGGCCUAUUUCUUGUGAAUUUAUUUUGAAUUUUGUGUUUUGAUCCAAUAGCAAGAAGCAGAUGAGUUAUAAGAUGCCUGUUAUUUACCUUGUUGAGCUUUACUCUGACUUACCAGUAUUGCAAAUAUGUAAAUCUGACGUUAACAUCUUUGAUGUUUAAUUUUAAAGCCAGCUGUUAAAAGGAUUGCAUUGCUGAAACACCCCUAUUUCAGACUGUACUGGAAGAUUCUUUCCUCUAAUUAAAGUGUUUGUAAACGGUUUUUCAUCGACAGCCAACAAUGUAACUUAAAGUUUAGAGAAAGUUCUUUUUCUGUGAUGUAAGGAAUUGAUAUGGAGUAAUUCAGCAGACUUGAUGCUGUUCUUGCAUGGGAAGAUAACACGAAAAAUGCAUUUUGUGAUUCCUAUGAUUUUAAGCUACAUUUGUAGAUAUGUGUUCUAUGAAGAACAGAAAAUAACAGCGAUUUUGAAUAAAAAGAGUGCAGGUAUCUAGAA